CUCCCCCUCUGUCCCCGCUGUCGUCCCCGCUGUCCCCCCUGGCCCGGGAGCGCUCCAAGGCCGUCACCUCCUUCUACCACCAGCCCGCCAUCGACGCCGCCGCCGACAAGCCCUCUGUUCGUCUCACGCCCACCACGAUGUUGUACUCGGGGCGCUCCCAGGACGGCAGCCACAUCCUGAAGAGCGCUCGGUACCUGCAGCAGGAGCUGCCGGUCAGGAUCGCCCACCGGAUCCGGGGGUUUCGGAACCUGCCCUUCAUCAUCGGCUGCAACCCCACCAUCCUCCACGUGCACGAGCUCUACAUUCGGGCCUUCCAGAAACUCAGCGACUUCCCCCCGAUCCAGUCCCAGUCAGACGAGUCCCGUUACUGCUCCCUGCUGAGGCAGCUGCUGGAGGAUCACAAGGACGUCGUGACCCUGCUGGCCGAGGGGCUCCGGGAGUGCCGCCGGCACAUCCAGGACGAGCGUUUGCUGCGGCCCUUCCUGGACAAGACGCUGACGUCGCGGCUGGGGAUGCGUCUCUUGGCCACCCAUCACCUGGCGCUGCACGAGGACAAGCCGGUUUCAGUGGGCAUCAUCUGCACCAGGAUGAGCCCCAAGAAGCUGGUGGAGAAGUGGGUGGACUUCUCCAGGUGA